UCUUCACACACGCGCGAACGGUCAUUUUAGUGUUAUAUGUGUGUGAGUGACAGAGGGACCCUGUGCAGCGGAAGCAAUGCUGGGUUCUAGUUUCCGCACGGUUCGCCGGCUCUGCUCCACUUUCUCCUCAUCUGUUUUGCUGGAAGAUUGUAGUUUGCAGCGCCACUUAAAUAAUAUUAUUGGCAAAGCUAGUUAUGGUGCUUCUUCUGUCAUCGACACCGAAAACAACUACACGAACCGAGCCACCGGCAGCAUUGAGAUUGGGCCGUGUUCUUCUUCAUUGGCGACCAGUGCGCACGUGCUCAGGAGCAGCAGAGCGGCAGCACGACGACCCAGGCCACGACGGGUGCGAACUCGGCAGCAGCAAAAGAAAAUGAUGACGGAUGCGGAUGCGUACUCGGCAAUAGAGCUGGCACUGGACUCGGUGGUCAAGAUCUUCACGGUGUCCAGCAGCCCCAACUACUUCCUCCCCUGGCAGAACAAGUCCCAGCGCGAGUCCAUGGGUUCCGGGUUUGUAAUCCCUGGGAGAAAGAUUCUUACGAAUGCUCAUGUAGUGGCUGAUCAUACGUUCGUACUUGUAAGAAAGCAUGGCUCUCCUACCAAGUAUAGAGCGGAAGUUCAAGCUAUUGGACAUGAGUGUGACUUGGCUAUUCUGGUUGUUGAAAGUGAAGAGUUCUGGGAGGGGAUGAACUUCUUGGAACUAGGAGAUAUUCCUUAUCUACAAGAAGCUGUUGCUGUUGUUGGCUAUCCUCAAGGCGGUGACAACAUUUCUGUUACUAAAGGUGUUGUUUCCAGGGUUGAACCCACACAAUAUGUACAUGGUGCAACCCAGCUGAUGGCAAUACAGAUUGAUGCAGCCAUCAAUCCGGGAAAUAGUGGCGGUCCAGCAAUCAUGGGCAAUAAAGUUGCUGGCGUAGCUUUUCAAAACCUUGCAGGUGCAGAGAAUAUUGGUUAUAUUAUUCCUGUUCCAGUAAUAAAGCAUUUUCUUGCUGGUGUGGAAGAAAGUGGAAAAUAUGUUGGUUUCUGCUCUCUAGGUUUACUGUGCCAGCCUACCGAAAAUAUCCAACUUCGAAACCACUUCAAAAUGCAGUCUGAAAUGACUGGGGUACUUGUGAGCAAAAUUAACCCUCUUUCAGAUGCAUACAACAUCCUGAAAAAAGAUGAUAUAAUCCUGACAUUUGAUGGUGUGCCUAUAGCGAAUGAUGGAACAGUUCCUUUCCGAAACAGAGAGCGGAUAACAUUUGAUUAUUUGGUGUCGAUGAAGAAACCUUAUGAAACAGCGGUGGUUAAAGUUCUGAGGGACUGGAAAGAGUAUGAAUUUACUAUCACCCUCCGACCUUUGCAGCCACUAGUACCAGUUCAUCAAUUUGAUAAACUCCCAAGUUACUAUAUAUUUGCCGGUCUGCUUUUUGUUCCACUCACUCAGCCAUAUCUUCAUGAGUACGGUGAAGACUGGUAUAAUACCUCACCACGGCGGUUGUGUGAACGUGCAUUGAGGGAAUUGCCUAAAAAGGCUGGUGAACAACUUGUCAUUCUUUCUCAGGUGCUGAUGGAUGACAUUAAUGCAGGGUAUGAACGUCUUGCUGAGUUACAGGUCAAGAAAGUUAAUGGGGUUGAAAUUGAAAAUCUGAAACAUUUAUGCCAGCUUGUGGAGAACUGCAGUAAAGAGAGCGUGAGGUUUGAUUUGGAUGAUGAAAGGGUCAUUGCAUUGAACUAUCAUUUGGCAAAGAUUGCCACCUCUAUAAUUUUGAAGCGCCACAGAAUACCUUCUGCAAUGUCUAGUGAUCUUAUUGAUGAACAGAAGGGCUUGGAACUUGGGUUGGUCUGCUCAAGGUAAGAAAACCUUCUUGGCAAAUGGGAUGGUGAAGGAAUUGAGCUAGCCUGCUUAGCUGAAUCUUCUUCCGCGCCCCCAACUUGACAAAUAGAAAAGCUGGGAAUUCAGUCAGCCCUCAACUUACAAUAUUUUUGAGAAAUACUACUCCUUUUUGGAACUGGUCAUAAUGCGAGUCACAAGGGGCGACACAAGUCCGAGUCAUCUUUUUUUUUUCGCGAUGACAGCUCUUGUUUUGCAAAGCAAAUAUUUUUGAAUGGUAUUUAAUAUAGGAGAUUUUGUAGAUGUA